AAGGCUACAUUCGCAUUAAAAGUCUUAUUGUUCUGAUCUUGCCUUGAUUGUUCACAUCUUUGUAAGGGACCCAUAUCUGUAGAAAUUAAUGAAGAAAUUAAUCUGAUGGGUUUUUUUCUGCUGAAAGAACAGAAAGUAGACAGGUGUGGUUUUCCUGUUAUUUAAUGACCUCCUUUCUGACUCUGAGAAGUGUUUAAAGUAAGCGUCUCGAUGCUCUCUCUGCAUCUGGUGAUGGUGGAAUGGCUCUGUUCAUCCUCAUCUCUUUCCAUCUGAUUCUGCAAGUUCAGCUACAAAAUGUUCCUCAGGCUGAGCUCUCAGUGUUUCCUGCAGUUCUCACACAGAGAGGGUCAGUACAGCUGGACUGUAAGACUCUGUAUGCUGGAGUGUCUCAGUGUUAUUUCUAUCCAGAGAGAGACGAGACAAAUCUAAAACACUCACCAUCCUGUCAGCUCUCACUCACUGGCUCUGAACUGACCGCGUGGACAGGACACAGUUACAGGUCAUCUCAAUCAGUCAACAUUACCUGCUACUACACUGUGGAUGAAUUCAGAACUCAAGCUGAAUCUCCUCACUCUCUACCAGCUCCAGUCACAGUCCAGGUCCUGGAUGCUCCUCAGCUCUCAGUGUCCACUUCAGGGAGAAGCUCUGUACAGCUGAACUGCACACCUCCGUAUGUUGGAGUCUCUCAGUGUUAUUUCUAUCCAGAAGGACAUGAGAGAGAUUUAAAGUUUCCAUCCUGUCAGCUCUCACUCACUGGAGCUGAACUGACCACAUGGGCUGGACGCAAUUACAGUUCACUCCAACCCGUCAAUGUUAUUUGCUACUACUCUGUGAAAAUAUCAGAUAGAUGGUUUACAUCUCCUCACUCUCUCCCAGCUCCAGUGAGAAUACUGGAUAAGAAACCAAACAUGACAGUCAGUCAUGAUGAUCAACGUCAUGAGUUCACUCUUGUGUGUGAAAUAUCACUGUCACUCAGCGCUGAUGUUGGGUGUGAUUUCUACAUUGAAGAUGAGAAGUUAAUGUGGAUGAUGUCUCAGAGGACGAGAUCUGGAUCACUGGCUUGUAGAUUUACACCUCAUAAGGAUUUUCUGUUCAGUCGUAUGAAAUCAGCGAAGAGGAGAGAAGUGAGCUGUGAUUAUUCACUGAACUCUGACCAAACCGUCCACUCUCCACUCAGUGACUCAUACAGCCUCACACAACUGCCUCCUUUACCAACUCCAGAAACUACAACACAGCUGAUAAAACCAAAAUCCACCACAGCAGCUACAUACACUGUUCCCACACACCACAGUGAAGCCACAACAGCCUCUCUAACAACCCACUCCAAACAUCAUGAUCACAUCCAAAUAGUGUCCAGAAGAACUUUUCUCAUCAUGCUGCUAUCAACCACCUCUGUCAGCGUCUUACUGGCUGGAGUGAUGAUCGUCUGUCUGUGCAGAUUUAUCAGAAAGCAGAGCACAGAGAGAUUAUUUAAGGUGGACUCAAAGAGUGGCAAUCAAGGAGACAUGAUCACCAUGGCCAGUGCCCAGGACACAAGUGCUAACAGUGCCUCAAAUUUCCACUACUCAGUGAUCAACUGUGUGCCAACACCUUCUCAGCCUUCAGGCCCCUUUGGAAAAACACAAGACCAUUCUGAAGACAAAAAGGACGUCGAGUAUCAUAUGUACUGCAGCAUCACUGACACAGUGACGGACUCUUAGCUCUUCAGCCUGCAGCUGAUUCAGCACCACUGUGUAUUUUAACAUGCCUUGAACUCAGUAUGUCUUCAGGAGUCUUACCUCUUUUGAAUAUGUUGUCAUUUAGUCUGAUGUUUUAAUCCUUAUGAAUAAACAAACUUUCAUGCAGACUCUUUGCGUAGAAGCAGCUCAGGUACAGCAUGUUUUGAUUCUCAUCUCAUUGUAUUAGCAUUAGCAGUGACUAUCACUUAUAUAAAUACAGGAAUAGUUUCUUCAAGAUGUUGGUUUUCUUCAUUUGAACUACAGAAUAGUUGAUUUUAUAUAAGAUUAAUAUAAGUGGGCUAUGAAUUGAAAUGAAAACAAGCACUGCACACCAUCAUAUAAUGGUUCUCCUAGCACAGAGAAUUUAAAAGGUCUUACAACAACGGUAUUAUAUCUGCUAGACGUGUAGAUUCUCACACUGGCCACGCUCUGUAUGUGGUUUAAGGCAGUCAGUAUAAAUACCCUGCUAUUUUUGAAUUAUACUGUGGUCUGCAUUUAACCACUGACCUUCUACUUACUGAGGUAUUUUUACAGUGGUGCGUCUGGGUGACUCGCUGAUAAUCUGUCCAAUCUAUCACCAUCUCUCACUGCAACAGAAAACUAUUAAAAGUACUAGCUAUGUCUUUUAAGUUACUACACAAUCAGCUAGAUCUAAUAGUUCUACCUACUACCUAACUCACCACCUCACCAACAUUAGGCCCUAUUGGGACAGGAUUAGUUUUAUUUGAGGGGGUGGGUGAUGUCAUUUUUACCAGCAUUUCUCAGUGAUUUUAGACCCGUCCAAAUGCGCCAUGUCAGUCAUUUUUACCAACUUCGUGCUCCGGUUUCAGCAAAGAUUCCAGCGCCUUUUACUUCCUGUAAAACGAGCAGUGGAAAUAAACUGAGGUUAUAUUAAUCCUGUGUGAAUCUAAGUCAGUAAAAAGACCAUAAUAUCUUGUGGAGAAGGCUUAAAGAAGUGCUUCCAUGUGUACUCUGACGAAGCUGAAGCUUAUUAUUCACCAGCUUCUUGUUCGUAUUUUCCUGUUCCACCUUAAAUGGUGCAGCCCGAAUGUAAUUGUUGCACCAUUUAACGAUGAGCAGGAAAUUCAAACAAGAAGCCGACUUCAGUGUCAUCAUGAAUGGAGCCGCCAUGUUUUAGAAAACAAU